AUCAAUCCUCCCAGCAGAGGCCGUGGUUGGUGCGGAAGAGUUGCAGUGGCAUCAUGGAUUUCCUGCUGGGAAACGCGUUUGCAACCCCAGUGGGGCAGCGAAUCGAAAAAGCCACUGAUGGAUCCCUUCGUUCAGAAGACUGGGGUCUUAACAUGGAGGUCUGUGAUAUUAUCAAUGAGACAGAAGAUGGGCCAAAAGAUGCAAUCCGAGCAUUAAAGAAGAGGAUUGUGGGUAACAAGAACUUUCGGGAGGUGAUGCUGGCAUUAACGCUCUUGGAGACUUGCGUGAAAAACUGCGGUCAUCGAUUCCACGUUCUAGUAGGUAGCCAAGAGUUUGUGGAGGGAGUUCUGGUGAAGACAAUUUUACCCAAAAACAACCCUCCAGCCAUCGUCCAUGAUAAAGUUCUAAUUCUAAUACAGGCCUGGGCAGAUGCCUUCCGUAGCUCUCCAGACCUGACUGGGGUGGUCAGUGUAUAUGAAGAUUUGAGGAGGAAAGGCCUGGAAUUUCCAAUGACUGAUUUGGACACUCUGUCUCCUAUACACACACCGCAACCAAGCUUCUCUGCACCAGAAUCCCCUUCUCAACAGGACUGUCCUUCCUCAGAGUUUCCUCAGAGGGGAGGGUCAGUACAUUCUGAGCCUCCCCCAUACAAUGUUCCAGCUACAGCCUCUGGCGACACUGCAGUUACCCCCACACCUGAUCAGUUGGCAAAGCUUCACAGCGAGCUGGAAAUUGUGAAUGGUAACGCAAAGGUGAUGUCGGAGAUGUUGACAGAGCUGGUCCCUCAGACAGCCAAGCAGUCUGACGUGGAGCUGUUACAGGAAUUGAAUCGGACGUGCCGAGCAAUGCAGCAGCGAGUUUUGGAGCUAAUCCCCCGUGUAACCCAUGAACAGCUGACUGAAGAGCUACUUAUUGUGAAUGAUAACCUCAAUAAUGUCUUCAUUCGCCAUGAAAGGUUUGAGAGGAUGCUCGCUGGUCAGCAAGGCCCAGUAGCAGAGGCACAGGUUGCAAGAGACAGGGUUCUUCCCCCAUCUCUUAUUGACCUCGAGGAAACGCCCUCUAAUUCAGCUCCGACUCUUUCUACGCAGUUAGCAGGAAUCAACUUGUCCUCUGGGUCUGUGAGUGGAACCCUGCAGUCCCUGGGUGGAACCAAGAAACCAGAUGAUGAUUUUGAUAUGUUUGCACUGACCAGGGGAAGCUCUUUGGCAGACCAGCGCAAAAGUGUAAAGUAUGAGGAACCGCAGGCUACAGAUGGUCUUGCAGGGGCUCUGGAUACCCGGCAGCAGAACACUGGAGCUAUUCCAGCUGCCCAAAACAACUUUAUGGAUGACAUUGAGAAGUGGCUGUCAUCAGAUACGGGUGAAGAGAUUGAGGGGGAGGAUGGUGUGACCAGUGAAGAGUUUGAUAAGUUUCUGGAGGAACGAGCAAAGGCAGCAGAUCGCAUUCCAUCACUGUCAUCACCAGGAACAGAGCCCCCCAGGGCAGCACCAAGCACAAAGAGAGACAAAAAGGAAGCGGAGGAUGCCCUUUUUGCCUUGUGAGUCCUCCCCAUGGUGGGUGAGUGUGUUGCUCCAAGUAGAAGGAGUUAAUAAACAUCUCUAUGCGUGGCAGUGAUCAUCUCACUGUUUUUUUGGAGUUUGCUAUAGAAAAUUCCUCUGCUGAAGACUAACUUUACUGGGGUACGAGAACGUUUUGCAAUCUGGAUGCCACUUCUUACACCAACCCAUGGAACUGUGGGAAUCUACUUGUUCUUUACUCAAGUCUUUUUGGUGCUGGAACCAAUGUAUUACUCCUGUUCAGCUAAUGCUUCUGUGUUAUGAUCCCACAUAAUAUAUCAUGAGAACUCUUAUGCGGACUCUGGAAGUAUACCUUACCACUACAUCCCCAUGCGCAUCUAAAUAUGCCACUGUCAACAUCAGUUGUGCCUCUUCCCACGUUGGCCGCGUCAAUGUUCAUCCAGGCAAUUCAGUAUUACAAUACAAUAAGCAGUGUAAUUAACCUAUUCUCUUUCUAGCUUAAUAUCCAACCUGUGACUUUCUGCUUGUUGCUGAGGAUGUCAGAAUAUAUAUGUUGUAGUCCCGCAACAGAUCCAAGGUCACAAGAUUGUAUUUACCAGUUUCUUUUAGGUAAUUAUGAAGGAUAACCAUAAAGGAUUGUGGAUUUUGAUUACUGUCCAAAGUGCCUUACAAAUUUAUUGUAGGAAAUUAGGUUUGUGCCUACAGUAUUAUAGUUAUAUAGUCAGUUUUAACAGAUUAUUUACCUAAAACCUAAAAUGUAGAUGAAUGUUCAAUGCUGUAUGUUGUGUAUGCCAGUAUAUAAAUCAUUCUACCCUAGCACAGGGUAACAUACACCAGCACCAAAAUGGCAGUGCUGUCCUAUUUAAAGGGAUACUGUUAUGAAAAUAAAAAAGUGAUUACGUGUGCUU